CUUGCCUGUACAAGUAUUUUUGUUGCCAAAUCUGAGGAUAUUGUGUUGGGUAUAUAUACCUCAUCUCCCGCACAUCUUCAGCAUCCUAACGGCUUCCACACACCACAAAGAUGAAGCUCAUCCUCGUAGCCUGCCUCCUCGCCGUCGCCGCCGCCGUCCCCCGCCCCCAAAAGGAUGCUACGCUCUUGAGUGAGAACAGCGAGAACCAGGGAGACGGCAACUUCGCCUAUUCCUACUCUAUUGACAAUGGAAUCAGUGUGGACGCUGUUGGAUCCCCAGGCGACGCAGGGCAGAGCAACAUCAGAGGCAGCUACACUGUGCCCCUCGCCGACGGUGGUUUCGCUGUCAUCACAUACAUUGCUAAUGAGAAUGGCUUCCAACCCGAGUCCGACAUUCUCCGCUAAACUCACACCCGCCCAGUCUACACAUCAUACAGACACACAAAUGCCCAUUGUCAACUGUUGAAUCCCGCCCGAUGCUUAUCCUCUCUGUCCAUCGUCUCAUUCUUACCUUUCUGUCCCUUCUACACUGUCCCCUACUGUCUACAUUUACACUGUCUUACGUUG